CUGGAGGCGGAAAACACCCCCCGUAGGCCGGUCUACCUCUUAUCAGCUGCGAUCAGCUGUUCCAAGCUGUUGGAGGCGCAAGCAGGCGCAAGUCGGUGAAAGGGUACCAUCCAGCGCUGUCACCACAAAAUUGCCGCUCGUUAGCUCCCUUGAAGAAACCGAACACGGAUUCCCGAGUGGACAAGUGCCCUCCAUGUAAUCCUUUUCGAUGGUACCGAACGAAGGGCCGGUGGAGCAUGCUCGCUGUUAUGACAUUAUGUAGAGAGGAACAGGUUUCCAAGUCGUGCUCGUGACACAUCUCCACCUGUCUCUACGGGGUAACGUCACGAUUCGAUAGAUCUUUCCUCGUUUACGACUUCUGGGACGCUUCGGUGGCUGUUGCUCGAGCAAAAUGUAGUCUUUGCUUUGGCUCGAGUUAUGGUGCCUCGGUCAUGGCACGAGUCCUUGGAUGUGGUCAAGGUAUUAAAUAGAGUCGAUCGAAGGUACAGAACCGAACUGGGCCAUGAGUUGCUCCGUUGAGCUGCGACAAUGCAGGCAAUCAGGAAUGAUGGAGGAUCCUCAUAGGCUCGCCGUUAUGAUGAAUAAGUCGCAGAGACUCGUCCUCGGUCUCCUGGUGCUCCUUCUGGUGGAUAUCAUCUGGGUCUCCAGCUCCGAACUUACUAAGUUAUACUUUCGACAGUACAUCUACAAAGAAGCAGCAUUCGAAAAGCCGUUCUUCAGUACCUACGUUAAGACGUCGAUGUUUACUGUGUACCUGCUUGGACUUUGCUUUUGGCCACCGUGGCGAGAUCAAUGUAACAAGCCCGCUACUUACAUGUUUAUAGACCCAAAUGUGGAGAACGAUAACUUCUAUUCGGAAGCUAACACGAGCUUGAGCGAUCCAAUGUUUGUCCCUGUCAAAACAUCGGAUCAUUGCGAUCGUUCCUCUGGAACGGAGAGUGACGACUCUUCGAUUCGCUCCGUGAGAUUCAGCAAACUUGCGGAGGUCCGUCACAUGUCGGAGAGCAAUGCGACGGAUGCACUUUUGGCAAGGCUCAGCUACCAAGCCAGUAUUAGAGCCGAUGAGCACGCCAAGAGACAAGCUAACAAAUUUUCUAUACAGAAAGUAGCAAAGAUCGCUCUAGUAUUCUGUCUACUGUGGUUCAUGGCUAACUACAUGUAUCAACUGUCGCUGUCCCAAACCGAAGCCAGUAUCGUUACUAUACUAUCUUCGACGUCAAGUCUGUUCACCUUAUUUCUAGCUGCAAUAUUUCCCAGCAAUGGAGGAGACAAAUUCACCUUUUCGAAACUUGUUGCUGUGUCGGUUGGCAUUUUGGGACUUAUACUGGUCGGUAUUUCAGACCUCACCCUGGAGACGAGCAAAGUGCCAACCGGAAUAACUUUAGCUCUAGUCAGUGCAUUUUUCUACGCAUCUUACGUCGUAUUUUUAAGAAAGAAAGUAGAUAACGAGGACAAAAUGGAUAUACCGAUGUUCUUCGGGUUCGUUGGCCUUUUUAAUCUGACACUUUUGUGGCCUUUAUUCUUCGUACUUCAUUACGGCCAGUGGGAGGAGUUCGAGUGGCCCGACACUCACCAAUGGACUUUUUUAAUUAUCAACGGAUUCAUCGGAACUGUACUAAGCGAAGUCCUUUGGCUUUGGGGUUCUUUCCUGACGUCCUCCCUCAUAGCGACCCUGGCUGUCAGUUUAACGAUGCCAAUGUCAAUGCUAGCCGAUGUCCUCUUGAAGAAAGUCGAAUAUCCCUUCAUUUUCUACUUCGGAACCAUUCCAAUGAUACUGGCGUUUCUGACUGUAUCGCUGUUGUCGCACUACGACAACUGGGACCCUGUUACAGAGCUGAUGCAUAGGCUGCACAUUUGGAUUUGUCGAAAGAGCAGGUCCAUGAGUUUUAGGGUGCCGGACUUGGAGGCAGAGCAGACAGAAUCGCUUAUCGGCAUCAAUAGCGAAGACCACGAGGCGUAAUGCGACAAUAACGUUGAAUUUAUGUGAUACUUGUGUUUUAAGGACUCCGCAAGGGCACGUUUUCGUCGCCCCUGUCCUAUUUUUUGUCUUUUUUUUUAUCGCGAAGCCGCCGAGAUCACGUAGUUACAUUUUUUGUGCCAACGUUACUUUAUUCUUCGCCAUUAGAAGUGUCUACUUUGGUGUCCGGAGAAAUUCCUGUGAACAACUGUAUUUUCAUUUGGACUCGAAGUUAUGCAAAACCUUCUUGUCGAAGGAGUUUCAUCGGUUGCAGAUAAAUACUUGACAAGUACUACAAAAACAGACUUUAAUACGCGGAUACUGUAGAUGGAAAUAAUUUACUCGUACUCUACUCAUAGUUUUCUACGUUUUUUAUGUACGAUGAAUUUUUCCUCGUUCCACAAGUUUUUGAGAAUUUUGUAAUGCAGAAGUGGCACUGGGUACGUGUAGAAUUUGAGACGAGUAUCGGAGUACGAUUUGAAGUGAAAGCAAAAAUAUUUAUCGGUGAUUCGUCAUUUCUCUCCGACUCUGCAAAUUCAAGGAAAAUGUAUACGAUCUUUUGAACUGGGAUGUGCUAGUCAUGACGUCGGUGUCUGUUGUACCAUUGAAUCACUUUUCGAGCUUGAAAAGAGACCCGCAGACGUCAAAAUAAAAUGUUCAGAGUCGAAGGAAGAAGAUACAAAUGUGUCAUAGUUUGAGGUUAUACGAAAGUGGCCUCCGAGGAGUCUCGUUUAUGAAACUUUCCUCCAAGCUGGGUGUACCGAAUUGUUUGAAACUGUACCACAUAGAUACGAAGACCCUAAGGAAAGUCCUUACACCCGUGAAAUUUCAGGCUCUCUUUUUUUAAUUUGCUAUAGACAUUGUUUAAGAUUAAAAAAAGGAAUCUCACGAGUAUCGGAACUUUCCUUUGAGCCUCCAUAUUCAUGUGGUAAAAUUUUAAUGAAUUAUUACACCUAAUUAAGAAGAAAGUUCCGCAAAUAAAAUCCCAGACGUUAUUUUCAUGUUAUCUUAAAAUGUUGCCCUUCGACGUACGCAGUUUCAUCCACAGGAACUUCUCCAGAAGGAUGUCGAGUGCACAAGUUGACGCGUUGGAAUUUACUCGUUGAUUUUACAGACAUAUUAUUAAUUUCACUUUUCUAAGUCGUAUGCACUGUUUGCUCAGCACGAGGGAACAGUCCCCUCGUGUGUUUGGUUGCUUCUAUUGGCGAGAUACGUUUUGCAAGACCACCAAUAUACAUAAAUGUAUAUUAAAAGUAUAUAUAUAAAUAUGAAAAUAUAUUUAAGGCAAGUGCAACGGUGAAUGGACACUCUAGCACCCGGUGAUAAUAAACUUUACGUCAUUUUGUUGUA